AGUUUAGAGUCUCCAGUCAUGGAUUUAAUUAUUGGGACCUGGAGCUUUUGUUUUGAUGCUAUCAGACAGAAAGAAGAAUUGUAUAGGAGUGAGACAAGUUGUCUGGAUGCAGUAGAAAAUACCAUAAACCAAAUAGAGGGUGACGAGAGAUACGGACCCUGCAUUGUAGGGAGGGGCGGGCCCCCAAACUCAGCCGGGUAUCGCGAGUAUGACGCAGCAAUAAUGGACGGACGCACGUUAAAAUUUGGCGCUGUUACAGCUCUUAGUGGCGAUUACAAUUUAGCGGAUCAUCACAAAAUGCUAACUGGGGAGGGGGCGGGGCAAUUCGCUCUGGAAAAUGGGUUUCGUGCCGAAUGCGAGACACCCCAUCAAAGUAAACCAGUAAGGAAUUUCGGAGAAAAUGACUCAAAAAGCCACGACACGUUGGGGUUGAUAGCACUGAGACAAAAAGGAUCCGAGAUAGCUGUAGGUGUGUCGACAAGUGGGGCUCCCGGUAAACACCCUGGUAGGGUCGGCGACAGUGCGCUUCCAGGAGGGGGACUAUACGCAAACGCCCAUGGCGCUGCCUGUUGUAGUGGAGAUGGAGACGAGAUCCUGAAAUUUUGUCCCUCCUUCCACAUUGUCCAUCUCAUCUCACAGGGAAUGGUUCCCGAGGAAGCUUGUAAAGAAGUCGUACAGAAAAUUUACAACCAAAACAAUCAGCUGGAAAUUGCAUUGAUUGCUGCCGAUAUAAAGGGUAAUUAUGGGGCUUGUUCUACCGUGAGGUCAUGGAAUGAUCCUCUGACCCAGAAACAUUAUGAAGGCUUUCCUUAUGUCCUUUGGACCAAAGAUAUGACCUGUCCAGAAAUCCAACUGGCCCCCACAGUCUCCUGAUGACAAGGAAAGACAACUCCUGAUGGACUGAGUACAACUGAUUCAAGCAUUUCAAUGUGCAUCAAGAAGUUCAUGAUAUAAAGCAUUGGCCAUUUAAACACUUGGAACACUAUUGCUACCUGAAUUUAUUCAAGUAGAUUAUUCAGUUUUUCUGAGCUAUGUACAUGUACAAAUAUUAUAUAGAGACAAGACACCAAAUCUUUGAAAAUAUUUAAUGAAUGAUAACAAAUGUAAUGCAGCUACAUCUUCCUUAUUACAUGUAAAUAACAAAAACAAUAAUUUUUGGAAAGACAAAAUAAACAAAAGACAAAUAAGAGAUAUUUCGCUUUCCAUAUCCAACAA